GUUCCGAGCGAGGACAUUUUUACAAUAGCUAGUUUUCUUUUCCCUCGCUGGCACUUGAGCAAUUUACAACUGGAAGAUCAAACGUAAAUGUCCCUGAUGCAUUGCACAUUAUUUAUUUGUAUCUGCACAUUUCACUACUUAGUGUAACGCCAAUCAACCAAAGUGAUUCUAGAAAUUUCUGGUGCAAGGAUGUAACAUGUGAACACGAAAAUAAUACUCGUAGAACGUGGACAGCCGUGACAAGAAUGGGAAACAAGCCGAUGAAAUUUCUCGACACGUGCUGAAAUCGAGGGAAUGAGAUCUGCCCGCUGCAUCCCAGGAAAUAAACCAGCUUCCUUACCACACUUGUCAUGAACGAGAAACAAACCUAAUCUCUUUUGUUUGUUUGAGUGGUAACCUCCUUUCGCCCGAUGGAAUUGCCACACGGAUUCGAGUUUGACAACAAACACAAAAUAUGACUUUCCACCUGGAUAACUGCAAUAGUAGUCCAAUACACGGUGGCAGGUGCUGCGACAUUGGUGGGCGACCGUUACAUCAUUUUCAUCAGUCUAAGCAGCCGUUGCAACCAUAUCCCAUUGUGUUCAUCGCGUUCAGUCUCCUGCUCUUCGCCAUCGCGUCCGCACAGCCUCCGACAGCCGGUUUUGCGAAACAGGAGGUGAUUGAAGACGGACAGUCUUUGGCGAUGAAGAACGACGGAUGGCAGUUAUUGGCCGGCGACGUGGAGCCGGAGCGGGGGAGUAGUCGAUUACCAUCUGACAUGGUUGAUACGGUCGGACCAGUAACUGACGCUCGACGGACUCGACAAAUAGCAUCAACGACGAAAGGACAACAACUGCGAAGACGAGGUCGUCAAACAGCGCCAGUCGUGUCAUCAAGUCGCAGCGAGCAGGCCGAUAUUGGGACGAUAAUGUUGGAUGCCAAGUACCCUUUAGCGGGUUUUGACGACCAUAACUUUGACGAUAGCAGAGGCAUCGGUGCGUUAAGUGCGUUGGACGAGUCGGAAAUUGGCCGACGGUUGGCAGCCGGAUCGUUGCAGGAUGCGACGACAGCCGCUGCGCAUUUUGCGAGUAAAGACGAAACAAGCGAAUCAGAAGCGGCUUUCUCCGGUGCGCUGGAAACCAACGUGACAGCCAGUCUGGGACAAACGGCAUUUCUACGAUGUCGCCUCAAAAAUUCACAGCAUCAAGUGACUUGGAUUCGCAUCAGAGAUUGGCAUAUCCUGACCUCAGGUGUGUUGACUUACACGGCCGACGCCCGAUUUCGCGUCAAGCACAGCGAAACCGAGGCCUCCGAAUGGACGUUGGAAAUCAAAUUUCUACAGAAACGAGACGAAGGCACUUACUAUUGUCAGAUACCGACGAGAACGGGCGCCGUGGUGCACGCCUUCCACUUGCACGUCGCCAGUCCGCAGGCCGUCAUCCUCGGAGGCCAAGUCUCCCACGUCGACAUCCUCACGCCGUCGCUGACUCUCGUCUGCAUCGUUGACAAUACACCGGAUCCGCCCCAGGUGAUUUUCUGGUAUCACAAUGGAACUUUGCUGAAAGACGGUAAAUAUCCGGAGUCUGGAGGCCCUGGAAGCUCGGGAUUAAUCAGCUCACACCUGACGCUGACACCGUCGAGGACUAUGUCGAUGCUGACGCUACAGCAUAUCCAACACAUCCAUUCGGGCAACUACACGUGCCGGGCGCCCAAUGCCGAUCCCGACACGACGCAACUUUUCGUCACGCAACGUCACGAACAGGCGGCAGUGCAUCGAUCGAGUUGUGCGAGACGGCUGUCGUCGACGUCAUGGAUGAUCGUGAUCGCCGCCCUCAUCGGUCAUGUCUUGACGAUCCGACGGAAACAUCUCAAAGUAGUAGACUAAUUCUAUUUUUUUUUUUUUUUUGUUUUGUUUUGUUUUUGUUUUCAAUCCCCCUCGUGAAGUAAAAAAAAAAAAAAAAAGGUGUAAACAAAAUCAAUCUUCCUUCGUCUGCCAAAAAUUCAUCGGUGUACAUAUUAUGUGUUUGUCACAUUACAGUGUGUAAUCAUUGCAAUCGAACCCCAAAAGUCUCUCUUCAUAGUCUAGUCAUUUUCGAUUCAAUUUUUUUGGUUUUUG